GAAUUAUAACGUCUUUUCCGGUCUAUCUUGUGGAAUAAAAUACAUGCAAAUCCUUCGCCGACUCCUCCUCCUCCGUUCACCUUUUCCUCCAACUCUGCUCCUCCAUCCCUUUUCCACUCUCGCUCAGAUCCAUCCCUUUUUCAUUUCAUUCAUUCCUUUCCAUUUCCUUUCAGGGCUGUCGACCCCGGCUCUCGAAACGCGAUCGACCCACCAAAAUCCGCAGCUAAAUAUUGGGAAGCAAGUUGAAGAUUAUUUUGCAUCUCCAUUCUUUGAUUAAACCAGUUUAAGGAGAAACGAGGUUGAGAUUUAUCAACAGAAGAGUGUGUUUUCUACCUUUUCCGGGCCUGAUUUCAUCGGUGUGGUGUUAUUCUGAGAUUCUUUGUCUUUUCUGGGCCUUAUUUGGAGAAAUUGAAGUUAGUUUCAGAAGAAUACAAUUCUGUUAACAGAAGAGUGACUAGUUGUUGCCGGGUCCCUGAUUUUCGUGGGUAUGGUAUUAUCCUGAAUAGGACAAGAACCAAAAAACGGACUGUUUUCCAGAGAAUUGUGGGGCGCGAUGGACGUUGCCUCGCAGUUGAAGCGUGGAAUAUCACGUCAGUUCUCAACAGGGUCUUUGAGAAAGAGCGGGAAACUGAGUUUUGGGCGCCAGAAUUCGAUGGACCCCAGGCGGAACAAUUUCCGGUUCAGCUUUGGCCGGCAGUCUUCAUUGGACCCCAUAAGGCGGAACAUGUUGCUGGAUGAUGGCACCGAUGAAGGGCUGACGGUGCCGGAUAAUCUUGAUUCAACAAUGCAGCUUCUGUUCUCGGCUUGCCAGGGGCAUGUUGAAGGGGUGCAGGACUUGCUGGAUGAAGGGAUUGAUGUGAAUAGUAUUGAUUUGGAUGGGAGAACUGCUUUGCAUAUUGCAUCGUGUGAGGGGCAUCUGGAGGUUGUCAAGCUUUUGCUGAGCAGGGGGGCGAAUAUGGAUGCUCGUGAUCGAUGGGGCAGCACGGCUGCUGCUGAUGCCAAAUACUAUGGAAAUAUUGCUGUUUAUAAUAUUUUGAAGGCUCGUGGUGCCAAAGUUCCGAAAACCAGAAAGACACCAAUGGCAGUCGCAAAUCCUCGCGAGGUUCCAGAAUAUGAGCUCAAUCCAUUGGACAUUCAAAUACGAAGAAGUGAUGGCAUCUCUAAGGGAUCUUAUCAAGUUGCUAGAUGGAAUGGGACAAAAGUGUCUGUAAAGAUACUGGACAAGGACGGCCAUGCGGACCCUGAAACUAUAAACGUGUUCAGGCAUGAGUUAACUUUGUUGGAAAAGGUUCGGCAUCCUAAUGUUGUCCAGUUCAUAGGUGCUGUCACCCAAAAUGUACCCAUGAUGAUUGUUUUGGAGUAUCAUUCAAGAGGGGACCUAGCUAGUUACCUUCAGAAAAAAGGGCGUUUAUCUCCAUCUAAAGCAUUAAGAUUCGCGCUUGAAAUUGCCAGGGGCAUGAAUUAUCUUCAUGAGUGCAAGCCUGAACCAAUUAUACAUUGCGAUUUAAAACCAAAAAAUAUUUUGCUCGAUUUUGGAGGGCAGCUGAAGGUUGCAGGGUUCGGUGUUAUUAGGUUGUCAUUGACCUCGCCUGGCAAAGUAAAACUAGUGGAACCUGAAGCCAUCGAUCGUUCAAGUUUCUACGUGGCACCCGAAAUCUAUAAAGAUGAAGUAUUUGACAGAAGUGUGGAUGUGCACUCCUUUGGUGUCAUGUUGUAUGAGAUGAUGGAGGGGUCGCCGCCAUUUUCUUCCAAGUCUCCCCAUGAGGCUGCCAAGUUGAUUUGUUUAGAAGAAAAGAGACCGACAGUCAAGUCGAAAUCCAAAUCUUUUCCUUCAGAACUAAAAGAUUUGAUGGAAGAAUGCUGGCAUCCGGAUCCUUUUGCAAGGCCGACUUUUUCUGAGAUUAUCGUGCGUUUGGACAAGAUUGUUGCGACUUGUUCAAAGCAUGGAUGGUGGAAAGACACAUUCAAACUCCCUUGGAAAUAAGAGGCACGUCGUGGUAAAAGAGCUAAGACAUGCCGAUGUGUUCAGAAAUGCGUCUUCUUUUUGUGCACUUGUUGAAAAGAAUAAUCAUGAGUUGUCGGACCGAUGAUGUAAGGUGGCCCAGCUGCUAAAAGCGACAUGUAUACUCCGGUAAUAAUAAUUAAAGCAGGGAAGAUCGUUGGGACAAUAACUUUCGAGGAAAUGUACAAAAAAUAUUAGUGUGAGCUACGUACCUAAAUUUUAUAACAUGAUGCUGUUUUCCAGAAACGUGUAUCGUGGACGUAGAUGUAUAUCUAUUUUUUUCAAUUACAAAAGUACCAAUCUUUCUUUCCA